CUGCUCACAGGCCACAGCUGAUAUAUAGAUAUUACACUCACACACACAUACACACGGUUGACAUAAACUUAUAUAUACAUAUAUAUAUAUUUUUUAUUUAUGUUUUGUUUUACAUUCGCUGUAUUGACGGUUUCAAAUCAUUCCGGUCACCAUUUCGUCGUGGCACUUCGCCGAAUGCCGUUUAUUAUGAAUAUUAUUAUAAUAUUUCAUUGCUAAUUUUGUUAUUUAAUUUCAUUGUUCAUUCGCUUUAAUAUCUAUUUUAGGUAUCUACGUGUUUUCUAAAAAUCUAUUAUAUACCAUAAUAAUAUAGGCAUACAAAUUUUGAGGAACAUACUAAUGCUUACUAUUAACAGUUAACUAAAUAUUUAUAGUGUGUAAUAUUUUAUUUUUAUAAAUUACUAAUUAGCUAUCUGGAAUUUUCUUAUCGCAUUCCAAACACCUUAUUUUCAAAUUAUUCGGUUCACGUGUGCUUAGAACUCGCUAUUCGCUACUCACUUAAUACUUAUUCAGUGCUCUUCGGCUUGUCGUUUGUGCAGUUGUAUAUUUUGUGAUUCGUGCGAUAUCGCUGAUAUCUGAAUCCGAUAGUACUAUUAUCAUCAUCGUUCACUCUGAUACUAAUAUACUAUAGACUGGUUGUAAUCUGUACAGCAACUAAAGACAUAAUGGCUAACUAUGCAGAUGUUGUAGAGAAAGCUAGAACAGCUUUCAAUAGUAACCAAACAAAAUCGUUACAUCUCAGAAAACAUCACCUUAGGCAACUUCUCAAACUCUUAAAUGAAAAUUCUUCAGACUUACAAUUAGCCCUAGCUUCUGAUUUAAGAAAGAGCAAGCAAGAAGCAGUAUUGUUUGAAAUUGAAUAUUUAAAAAAUGAUAUUAUCAACGCUCUAGGUUCAAUAGAAUCAUGGAUGAAAACUGAAAGGCCUGAUAAACCAUUAAUUAAUAUAAUGGACGAUGUAUUAAUACAUAAGGAUCCAUAUGGAGUUGUAUUGGUAAUGGGAGCUUGGAAUUACCCAUUACAGCUUACUUUGUUACCUGUGAUUGGUGCAAUAGCUGCUGGGAAUAGUGUUGUUAUAAAGCCUUCUGAAAUAGCUCCAGCUACUGCUAAACUCAUUGCUGAACUAGUACCAAAAUAUCUCAACAGAGAUGCUUUCCCAGUUAUUUUAGGAGGUGUAGAAGAAACAACUCAGUUACUUAAACAAAGAUUUGAUUAUAUUUUCUAUACAGGAUCAACAUCUGUAGGGAAAAUAGUCAGAGCUGCUGCAAAUGAAUACUUAACACCUGUCACAUUAGAAUUAGGUGGUAAAAGCCCCUUAUAUAUUGAUGGCACUGUUAAUAUGGAUAUUGCUGUUAAGCGUAUAAUUUGGGGAAAAUGUAUUAAUGCUGGACAAACGUGUAUUGCACCAGACUAUAUUUUAUGUACUCGUCAAAUUCAAAAUACAUUUGUAGAGAAAGCUAAGCAACUGUUAAAGGCCUGGUAUACUGACGAUCCAAAAAAUUCUCCAGAUUUUUGUAGAAUAGUUUCUGAAAAACAUUUUGUGAGAUUAUUAGACUUGAUGACUAACAGUGGAUCAAUUGCAGUUGGUGGUAGAAAUGAUAAAAAAGAUCUCUAUAUUGAACCAACAAUAUUGACUGAUGUGAAACCUACAGAUCCUAUAAUGAAAGAAGAAAUUUUCGGUCCUAUUUUACCAAUUGUAAUCGUGGAUAAUGCCUAUGACGCUAUAAAUUUUAUUAACAGCAGAAAUCAUAGUCCAUUGGCUUUAUACGUAUUUACUCAAAGUAAAGCAACCAUUGACAACAUGUUGGAAAACGUGAAAGCUGGUGGAGUUUGUGUCAAUGAUACUAUAGUACAUGUGUCUGUUGAAAAUCUACCGUUUGGAGGGGUCGGUCUUAGUGGAAUGGGAGCCUACCAUGGAAAACAUACUUUUGAUACAUUUACACAUCGGAAAAGCUGUUUGGUCAAAGAUUUCAACAUCAUUGGAGAAUCAUUUUCUUCAGCAAAAUAUCCACCAUACUCUGACAAGAAGUUAAGCAUGAUAUCUUUCUUGAUGAAGAAGAAACCAAGCAUUAAUUUCAAAUUUCUGCCAUAUUUGUUUGUAUUUGGUCUUGGGGUUUGUGCAACCUUUGCUUUCAAGUAUUUAAAUAAGGUACAUUUGAGGUCGAAUUUUCGCUUUUAAUCGAAUCAUAUUACCUAACAUUAUUUAUCACCUUCAUAAGAGAUGUAACUAAAAUAAUCAGAGUUAACAUAUUGCACAUUAUAAAAAAUUCACCUAUACAUGUUUUUAUAUUUUCUUUAUAACUAAUAUUUGCCAUAUUCUAUUAUGUUUUUUUGUUUACAGAUAUAAUAAUAAUAUUUUUAUAUUUUAAUUACUUUAUAUCAUUUUUUUCAACUAUGAAAGUUUAUAGUUAAUAUUGAAAUAACUUGUUUUAUAAAUAUUUAUUUUUUUUUAUAUUACUUAUUUACCCAUUUCUUUUAUUUUAAAUAUUUAUUUAUUACUUUAGUGUAAAUCUUAGCCAUACAUUACAAAAUGUCACAUAUAUUUUAAAGACAAAUUAUACAGUUUGAAAUGAUUUACAUAA